AUGCGUGAAUGUAUCAGUAUACAUAUUGGUCAGGGUGGUUGCCAAAUAGGUAACGCUUGUUGGGAACUUUACUGUCUCGAGCAUGGAAUUCAACCCGACGGUCAGAUCCCAAGUGACAAGUGCAUAGGAUGUGGAGACGACUCCUUUGAGACAUUCUUCAGUGAAACAGGCGCUGGUAAACAUGUCCCCCGAGCUAUCUUUGUUGAUCUCGAACCAACUGUUAUUGAUGAAAUUCGAACUGGUACCUAUCGCCAACUCUUCCACCCUGAUGAACUCAUUACUGGAAAGGAAGAUGCUGCCAAUAAUUAUGCUCGUGGCCAUUACACAGUUGGAAAGGAAAUUGUGGAUCUUGUGCUGGAUAGAAUUCGUAAGUUGGCUGAUCAGUGCUCUGGUCUUCAAGGAUUCUUUGUCUUCCACUCAUUUGGUGGAGGUACUGGUUCAGGAUUCACUUCUCUUUUGAUGGAAAGACUUUCCGUGGAUUAUGGAAAAAAGACAAAGCUCGAGUUUACCAUCUAUCCAGCACCUCAAAUCUCCACAGCUGUUGUUGAACCAUACAAUGCAAUUCUCUGUACCCAUACAACUAUUGAACACUCCGAUUGUGCCGCGAUGUUUGACAACGAAGCUAUUUAUGAUAUUUGCAGGCGCAAUUUGGAUAUUGACCGUCCAACCUACACCAACCUGAACAGAAUUGUCAGUCAAAUUGUGAGCUCUAUGACAGCUUCCCUUCGAUUUGACGGAGCAUUGAAUGUUGACCUGACUGAAUUCCAGACUAACUUGGUUCCUUACCCCAGAAUUCACUUCCCUCUGGUUACCUAUGCUCCGACUGUUUCUGCUGAGAAAGCUUAUCAUGAGCAACUCAGUGUAAUGGAUAUUACAAAUGCCUGUUUCGAACCUGCUAACCAAAUGGUGAAAUGUGACCCCCGCCAUGGAAAAUACAUGUCCUGUUGCCUCCUUUACCGUGGAGAUGUUGGGCCAAAGGACGUUUCCGCUACCAUUAGCACAAUCAAAACAAAGAGAACCAUCCAGUUUGUGGAUUGGUGUCCUACUGGUUUCAAGGUUGGUAUUAACUACCAACCACCAACUGUAGUUCCAGGUGGUGACUUGGCUAAAGUUCAAAGAGCUCUCUGCAUGAUCGCCAAUACUACAGCAAUUGCUGAGGCCUGGGCUCGACUUGAUCACAAAUUCGACCUCAUGUACGCCAAGAGAUCUUUUGUUCACUGGUAUGUCGGUGAAGGAAUGGAGGAGGGAGAAUUUGCUGAAGCUAGAGAAGAUCUCGCAGCCUUGGAGAAGGACUACGAAGAAGUUGGUCACGACAGUAUUGAAGCUGAAGGAGAAGAUGACGAAGAUUACUAA